AGCAGACAGGCUACAAAUCAGCUAACGCUAAGUAGCCAAGCGAUUCGUGAGUAAAAUACCUAAUAUGGCUGCGUUAGACGGCACAGCGACGCCUUUUACCGGCGAGUGCAGCAGUUUCUUAUGAGGUAACGGACUCGCUCAUGUGCUGAGGCUAUAAAUAAACGAGCUAACAAGAUACCGUUAACGCUAGCUACGGUAGCAUUAGCUAACCUUAGAUAACGGGAUUUUGUAUUUGGGGAAAUCUGUGUUACUCAGCUUCACGUUUUAUCGAUAUCACAUGGCAACAGCCACUUGAAUCACGGUUAGGGGGAGAAUUUUAAAAGCUGCUAGCAUUAGAAUAAGUAUGAGUUAGCUCGCCAUGUAGCUAAUUAAGGUCAAGAAUCGAUCAGCUGGCUAAACAAGGCUGGAUAGCGGAGUGACGCUCCUGGCUGGAUGACCACUUGAUCGCAGUCGCCUGGACUCGGACUGCGAUGUUUAGCCUGAUGGCGAAUUGCUGCAACUGGCUAAAGCGCUGGCAAGAGCCUGCGAGGAAAGUGACUCUGGUGAUGGUUGGGCUGGAUAAUGCAGGAAAGACAGCCACCGUGCGAGGAAUCCAGGGAGAGAAUCCCCAGGACGUGGCUCCCACGGUGGGCUUCUCCAAGGUCGACCUCAAGCAGGGCAAGUUCGAGGUCACCAUCUUCGACCUCGGCGGCGGGAAGAGAAUCCGGGGCAUCUGGAAAAACUACUACUCCGAGUCGCACGGAGUCGUGUUCGUGGUGGACUCCAGCGACGUCCAGCGGAUCCAGGAGACGCGGGAGACCAUGGCGGAGGUCCUCCAGCACCCGCGGAUCGCCGGCAAACCCGUGCUAGUGCUUGCCAACAAACAAGACCAGGAGGGAGCUCUGGCCGAAGCAGACAUCAUUGAGAAUCUGUCGUUAGAGAAGCUUGUUAAUGAGAACAAGUGUCUCUGUCAGAUCGAGCCGUGCUCGGCCGUUCUAGGCUACGGCAAGAAGGUCGACAAGUCCAUCAAGAAGGGCCUGAACUGGCUCCUCAGCAACAUUGCCAAAGACUACGAGGCCAUUACUGAGCGCGUGCAGAAGGACACGGCCGAGCAGCGCGCUUACGAGGAGCAGGACAAGAAGGAGAGAGCGGAGAGAGUGCGGCGGAACCGGGAGGAGAGAGAACGGCAGGAGCGGGAGGCGGCGGAGCGAGAGGGCAGGCCGAUCCAAGAAGACGAGCCCGACGAGGAGAACAUCCAGAGCCCCUUCCAGCCAAUCGGAAACGUGAUUUCCGAGAACGAGGAUAAAGAAAAGGAGAGGAAGAGGCAGAGGGAGCUGCAGGAGGGCGACGCAAACAGCCCGAAGGCAGGCGCCGACCGGGAGGAGGACGAGUACGAGGAGGACGAAGAGCCGGACGAUACGAGGCAAACGUCAGAAAACACCAGCUCAGCCUCGGCGGGCGAGCAGAGCAAGAAGAAGACGAGCAAGCUGCACCUGAAGAGGAAGCACAGAGUCGACCCGCUGAGGACGGAGGACGGCGCCGCGGAGAUGCCCACGCCUCCACCUCCUCCAGUGGGAUGGGCCACACCCAAAGUCUCUAGACUGCCAAAACUAGAGCCACUCGGGGACACGAGACAUUCCGGUAAAGCCGCCUGCGAACCCCCCCCCCCUCUCCAUAAAUUAAUUUCAUGCAUUAACGAACCCGUCACUGUCUCACUAACCCGGUCUUGGAUGUGGAUUAACUCAUUCAUCUGUCACAGGGGGGGCCAGAUCAGUGUUUCCUCCAGAUAAAAACUCUUUUUAAAGAUUUGUUUUGUGGUAAAUUUCCGCGUGGUGUUGCAGAGGAAACACUGAACUCUGUCUGCCUCGAGACGUGUGCCGACUGUUAAUUAGCAUCACUUUGCUCUUCUUUUUUUUUCUCCCCCCGCCUCUCUUCUCCUGCAUCUCUCCAUGUUUGGAAUGUGUGUGGAUCCUUCAUGGCUGCCGACGUCUUAAUCAGGCUUGUUUUCAUUUCUCCCCUCCAGUCUUCACAUCGCAAACAACCUCCCGCGCAGCAUCUUCUUCCAUCUUAAUGGCUUUUGUGUUUUGUUUUGUUUUUCUUCUUAAUUCCAGGACUCAGUGGAUGUAGUGCACUAACAAAGCCAAAACCUUUUUUGUUCUCCUCCCCUUCCACAGAAUUUUACAAGAAGCCUCUCCCGCCCGUGGCGAAUAGGCCGCGGCCUAACGGCGACGCUCAUGACGUCAUUUUUUAACCUCCUUUACAGCUCCAAGGUUGACUCUCGACCAAUCACGGCUCUCUCCUUUUUUUCUUCUUCUCCUUCUUCAAAGCGAGCGGUGUGUAGACAACCAAACGGCGACCACUGAAGUGCGAUGGACUCACAAAACAAACGACGUCCCUGCUCGGAACUCGAUUUCAGGUUCUGCACGUCCGAUGCUGAGCUUUUAUUUUUUAUCGUCGACAUCAGUGUUAUAGAAAAGACUCUUUGCUGAGAUGCUUUUAAUUGACAAAGAAUGUAAAUAUAACCAUGUUUGUGUGUCUCGUUACUGAACUAUGUAUUUGUACACACGCCGCCAUUAAAACCACCAUAUUUAUAUCGUUUAUUUUUGCACCUUGGGAUCUGUAGCGUGGAUAGAAAACUAGACGUCUUAAGUGGCUUCUCACAGCGGAGUGCUUUAAAUCUGAGGUGGAUCAUACGCUGCACCGUACUGUACAUGUGUCACACUACAUCACGACGGCCGCUUUCUGGAAAACGAAUGUGACGGCCAAGAAAAGAAAAACACUAAUUUUCUUAUUAUUUUUUUGGUCUCCUGCCAGCAGCAUCACAAAAAAAAUAUUAUUUACUGUUAAAAGUGUAAAAAAACAACAACAUAUAUUUGUCUUUCUUCGUCUACAGGGCUACAGAUUUUUUACGCAUUCUGCUGUUUACACUGUGUACCUGGUUUUUAAAGUGAUAUUUCUCUCGAGGCAGGAAUCAGCCUCCGACUUGCUGCCUUUCAGGUGCCCCUGAGGUGUGAGCCAGCACUGUUGUUGUUCCAGCUUUUCCGUCUCUGCCUGCUGCACCCAUUUCCGCUUUGAAAUCGCUGAAAAUAGCUAAAAAUUGCAUCGGAGUUGAGGGGGGGGAGGGAAAGAGGAAAAAAAAGAGGCAUAAACACAAAUCUGGAACUCCAUUGCCCCAGUUAAGUUUCUUUGAAUGUUGGAAGAGUUUGCAGUGGGACGAUAAUAAGGGGGCGGGAGGAAAUAUCCCGACACCUGGAACAGCCAGUAUUGGGUCAGAGCACUUGAGAAUAGCAAAAAAAAGUACGAAAUAUCACUUUAAAACCCACAAUUAUUGUAUUUCAGAUCUAUAGUACGACGCUCGCGCUCUUGUUUUUGAGCUAGAUGUUUGGAAGAAAAAAAAAAGAUAUUUUUUCUACUCUGUUUGAAUUUUAUAACAGCACAAUUAAAGAUGUUUUAAAUAUA